GACUCCUGUCAGUCAGCCUCCGCCCUCCGCACGACGGCGCGAGUCUCCCAGCGACGCCGGCCGCGCCGCCCCUCGGCUGCUUGGUUGGCCGGCGGCCGCCCAACACCCCCCCCCCCCCCCCCCCCCCCCCUAACACGGUGACGCCCGGGUGGCGGACGGAGGGACGAAUCGUCGGCGGCACAUCUUUGGGGUUCUGAACCCACUUCGCGAGACACGUCCAAUCAGAUUGACUAUUUUAUGAGUUCACAAGACACCCAGCAUGAAGUUUUUAGAAUACACCCCCUUCGACAGUAUAAAUUUGUUCCUCGAGCAACUCAACCUUGGUGAUUGUACAAUGAGAGUGAACCUUGAGGCAUUCUCUUGCAAGCACACUGCGACGGACCGUAGGCUUUCAAUAAGCCUAGAACAUGAGGCACCAGUGGAGCACUUAUCCUCCAGAUCAAGCCAGAAAACAAUGAUAUAUCUAGUUCUCACUCUUGGCCACAUUUAUCCAGAUUAUGAUUUCAGUGCUGUUCAGGCACACUUGUUCUUCCAAGAAGAGGAGUUGGAAAGCUUCAAGCAGAUGGUAGACACCUACUUACCUGAUGCUUCUAGGCAAUGGGCAGCCACAAAUGAGGGCAGUUCUCUUCUGGACAGUAUGACUAAAGCAAUUGAUGAGGUUAUCAAAAUCAGAGAGUGUGACAUCUACAGCUAUAACCCAGACUCUGAUGCAGAUCCAGUUCUAGAGAAAGGGUCCAUAUGGUCGUUCAACUACUUCUUCUACAAUAGGAAAUUAAAACGAGUUGUGAGCUUUUGUUGUUACUGCACUAGCAAAUUAUCAGGAGAUGACUUCUUAACAGGUGCUGGAUGGUGAAGAGGAAGAUGCCUUGAUUGACAUGGACAUAUGACUGACAGUGUUCUGCUAGGUACCUGAUGUGCGUGUAAUAUAGAGCAUGUAUGCCCAUUCCUGUUAUGAAACUUUUAAUAUGACUUCCCUUUUAUUGUAGCAUGUAAAAACCAUGGCCCCUGUUUAGCUUGUUAGAAAUAAUCAUGACUUGAAUUAGUUUUUUUUUUUUUGACGGUCAACGGGGGGGAGUCGCUCCCCACCUGAAUUUUGUAUUA